AUACCUCCUCUAAACUGGCCCAGAUGGCACUGAGGGAAACUGCAUUUUUAUUCAUGGGCUGCAGAUGGAAAAUGUUUUACACUAUUCAAAUCGCCGCAAAGCAGUUGUUGAGAUUUUGGAACAAAGAGGAUAAAAAUGAGAAGCAAGGCUUAAAUGGGUGGGGCGGAAAGUGCAGGAUCUACACAGUGAAGAGGCUCCAACCUGCACAUCAAUCACUGGUUUAGCCAAUCUGUGCAACGUAAAAAUAAGACGAAGCAAAGAGAUUGUCUUUCGUGCACAAACUGGAGGAACGAGUCAGCAGGCUAACUGUCACUUAUGGCUUCCUUGUUGAUGCACAGGAAUGCACACUGUAUAUCGGUUCUGACUGUCACCUCACAGGAAAAAAGCAAACAAGGCUGCAAACAUACAUUUUGCGUUCUAAUCAAACACUACAGUAGAUGUGCUGUAUGUGUGUCCAUGUAGAGCAGUGAGGAUAUUUACUGACGAGGAGAAAUAAAAAAAAAAGCCAGAAGCAAGGUAAAGGCCAGCGCAGACAGGUUCAAACAAAGAGAGGCUGUCAUGCAAAGCAAAAACUGGAUUAAAGAGCAAAGCUGGAAAAGAAAGGAGCGUUGCAUUACCACCGAGGAGUGGAUAUAUGGGAUGGCUGAAGCACACAGCAAAGGGAGGGAGGAUGGGACAGAGUGGUGGAUGUUCAGAGUGAAAGACAGAGUGGGAGGGAGUUCAGGAGGGAGACAACAAGGAUAGAGAGGAAAGAGAGGAGGGAGGGAAAAAGAUCAGUGUGUUUAUGGAGGAAUGUGACUGUAUGGGAGCUGGGAUGGCCUUAUCGCUCCGGAUCGAGUGGUAGAGAGGGAUCCGGAGGGGAAAAAAAACAAACUUUAAAAACCCUUUUUUUUUUUUUAAACACUUUGGUGGUGGUUUGUCAACAGCUACAGAGAUUUGGGCGACAGCAGUGGCAGCCAUUGCUUCUAUGGAGAUUGGCAAAGUCUAAUUAAGUUUAGGAGAGGAUACAUCAACCAGCGCACAAGAGUCCACACAAAGAGGGCACACUUCAACAGACAAAGAACACAGAGACAUACACGUCACAUCAGGACUGGGCAGAUGAAUCUGAAGAGGCUUUGUUAGAGAUGGAUGCCUAGUUUGGCCUGGCAAUGAAGCCACUGACAGAACUCCUCUGGUGUCAUGAGACAUGUCUGCCAAUGACUCCUUUGUAACUUGACCAUCUGGACUCCAGCCCCAUCGCCCCAUCCCGCCCUCACGAGGGCUUGGGGGAUCAUGGGUAGUGUCAGUAGUCUCAUAAACGGUAACAGCCUGAACAGCAAACACUGCAAGGCAUCGGACUACAGAUUAAAAGAGGGAUCAAGCCACCACAGAAAAAGUGGCGGCUGCAGUCUUGAUGGUUUGCUAAAGUGCGGCUUUUCUCAGAGCUCCUCCUCAUCCAAUCAUCACUCUAAAGGCCUGUCUCACUCCAGGUCAGGACGAAGUGAGGAUUUCUUUUACAUCAAGGUUAGCAAUAAACCAAAGCCUGCGUACCACAAAGAGAGAGCGAUGGAGGAAAGAGCAACCAAAGAUGGGGAUUUGGCCAGACGACAGCAACCAAAACUGCUGCUCAUGCCAGGAAAUGUGGCAGAGAGACCCUCUGGUAAGAAGUCACCGAUCUAUUCCACUGCCUUUUCAUCUGUGAAUCCCACCGGAGCAUCCUGCAAAGAGGCCGGCCACAACAGCCUGGAUCAUAUCCUUUGUCCUUUGAGGAAAGCAAGCAGUUCAAAUGUUGGGAACAAGCAAGAAACCUUAGGGACUCUUUCUGACUCUGGACGGAACUCCAUGUCCAGCCUCCCCACACACAGCACAAGUAGCAGUCUAAGGGUAUCCACAGCCCCCGUCUGUCAUGGUAAUAGCAGUUCAGCCAUCGGAAACAGCCUCAGGAAAGGACAGCAAUCCAAUUUCUCUCAAUGGAACAAUGGGAACAGCAGUAACUAUGACUAUUACAAGACUGGUUUAAACUGCAGCGUGUUGGCCUUCAAGGAUGGUGUGGAUGCAGGUUCCCCGCUACAUACAGAUGAGUCAAGCACUCUCCCUGAAGCUGCGGGGGGUAUUAGAUCUCCUCUAACUACAGACGAAUCCCUGAUUGAGCAUCUGGAACAAAGACUCCUAGAGAAAGAAACUGAGCUACAAGAACUACAGGUAAGUUUUGAGGAGAAGGAGACCCACACCUGCCAGCUGUUUGAAGACAAACAACUGCAUUGUGUUGAAGAGAUGGAAGGACUGAAGCAGCAAUGCUCUGCCAAGUUAAGACAAGCAUCACAAAAUGCAGAAAAAUCCCAUCAGGCACUGCAACUGCAAGUCUGCCAGCUUCAGGCUGACAACAUGAAACUUCAGGAAGAUGUCUCACAGCUGACCCAAGACAAGGAGCUUGUUGAGCUCAGGCUGAGGUCCUAUGAAAAGGAGAACACCCUUCUUGCACCGACACUUGAGGAAACACAGUGGGAGGUUUGUCAGAAGACAGGAGAGAUCUCAUUAUUGAAGCAGCAGCUCAGAGAGUGCCAAACAGAUGUCGGUCACAAGCUGAAUGAGAUUGUGGGUCUGAGAGCAGCACUAAAGGAAAGCACUGCACGGAUGGAGGAGUUAGAGAGGCUGAAAAAAGACCAUGAGGGGAGGCUGUACUCCUGCACUGUAGAACUUGAGGUGUGCCAGAAUGAACUCCAGCGCAAAAAGAAUGAAGCUGAUUGUCUGCGAGAGAAAGUGACUCAACUAGAAAAAGACAUGGAAGGCAUAAAAGAGGAGCUCGCUGUAGAGCCCAGAUCUCAUCAUCUGCAGAACAGAACUGAGUUUCUGGCUCAUUCGAAAACUCAAACCUCAGAAAGAGCAACCCAAGUUUCAGACACCUCCAUCCAGAAACAGGAAGUGGAACCCAAGGACCUCCUCCCCACUGAAUCCCUCCAGAAGGAGGUGGAUAGACUGAGGCAGCAGCUCAAGGAGGAAAAGGCUGCUCAAAAGAGACAGGCCAGCAGCUUUGAGAAUGAGAGACAGACAUGGAACAAGGAGAAGGACAAGGUCAUUAAAUAUCAGAAGCAGCUACAAAUCAACUACCUGCACAUGCACAAAAAGAACCAAAACCUGGAGAGGAUGCUGAAGGAGCUGACAGCUGAGCUGGAAAGCCGAUCAGAACUGGGCAUCUGCUACGGCUCAGGACUGCAAACCUACGAUGAUGUUAUUGCCACAGAGAUUUGAAGAAGGCAGUCGCCCCUGCUCUCUACUUUCUGUAACAGGGAUCUACGCUUGUUUACACAAUGUGAAUCCCCAGCAGGAGUUCUGUGACGGACACAUUUGUGUUUCACUUUAGCUAUUUAUUAGAGUCUGCAUAACCUUUCUAACUUUUGUCCAUAAAGUUAUUUAAAGUUCAUUUGCCUAACUUUUCUUAAGAUGUGUUUUCUAACAGGAGCAACUAAUGUCCAAAUCCUGUUAGUUCAAACAAUGUAUUGUUAUGUCAGGAUUAUUGUCUGAUAGUGAGACACACAAAGCAUGAUGGUUCCUCAGCAUAUCUUCCAGCAUGACAAAAUAAUUAUUUCAGCUUUUUUUUUUCCUUUUUAUCACUAACCUUAUGAUCUCCAAUCUGUUUUAUCUUAGUGGGUUUGGGCAUGGAAAUACCUUUUUAUACAAUUAUUUUUAUUUUUAAUAAAAUGCAUUAUAUUUGUGCGAUAUCACUGUAAAGCUGUAAUGCACUCCAGAAAACACGUUCAAAGAUAUGCAGAUGAAAAUAAUUAUAUAUGUAUACAUAUACACACACCAAAUACCCCCACAAUAUCUCCUAAUUCUUUAUUGAAUUUCAUGUAUUUCGUCACAGAAAAACUAUCACUCCACUCGUAUAUUUUUAUGCAAUCAUUCAUUUUGGCAAUUCCUGGAAACAUAAAUUAAACCAUUGAUCAACUUAACACUUGAUUAACCAAACUUUAUGCCUCGACUGACCAAUUAAAGUUCAUAGAGCUUUCAAGUGUCAUGUUUAUUUUUUGAUACAGAUGCAGCAGCACUAGGGAACAUCAAUAAAGAGAAACUUUAUUAGGAAGAAUUAUAGAAGCAAAGGAGGAAUAAUUAUGUCUUUUUUAUGAUCUGUCAGAACAGCAUAAAAUAUUGAGGCUGACGUGUUGGAAAGAAGGUCUGCCUCAACUUGGAGGUGGUGUGCAUCUUUUUUACUUGAGUCUUAAAACAUCGAUCAUUAAGGGGCUUAAAUAAAAAAAUAAAAAAAAUAAAUAAA